CACUUCUUAGAGCGUCGUCGAGGUCAAUCGUCAUCAUAGCCGGCCCCUCACGACCAGAGUGCCACAGUGCCAAGUGCCCCGACGGGUAGAGAGAGAGAGAAAUACCUGUCAGUGUUAGUGUCACUCAGGUCGCGUCCACACCCGAGAGUGAGACGAUACUGGUUAUUUCUAUGACAGUGAUGAAGGCAAAAGUCCAAUUAAAACGAUAAUGUGACUAAAAACUUUAGUUGUAGGCCAACUGAACGUUUGUGAAGGACAAUGUGAAAACGAUCAGUAAUAAUAAUAAUAGAUAAUUAUUACAGAAAAAUACUAAAAACUCAAUUUCAAAGCUGUUGGACAGAAAUGAAGUGUACGGCGGUGACCCAAACGGACAAAUCAUAAUUUCCUUAAAUCCGUCUUCCGACUGAAAGUGGGCGGAAACUUCGCCGACACGCCCACAGACACGCCCACAAUGUCUGCAUUAAUAAAUACUAGCGUCACCUCCCUCGCCGAGGUAAGGAGGAAAUAGUAACCACUCCCUCUGAAUACUGAAAAAAAAGAAAAAAAAACCCAUCGAAGAAUUCUACCGCACCAUGGGGCAUCACAACAGCUCCCCCUCGAAGGACCGGUGCAACAGACGGAGGAGGAGGAUGUGGGCGGGAACGUGGGUGAGCGUGGUCCUUUGGGCGUGUUUGAGCCCCGUGAUCCUCACGCCCACGGGGGCGUUUUUCACGAGCGAGACGAGACCCAGUCCACCGGAUGGAGGGGAUGUUGUUGGAGCCCUCAACAGGAUUGUUCAAGUCCUGGACUCCCACGAACGCCACACCGCCCUCUACGAGAGGGUCUCGAAACUCGAGGAGAACCUCAACAAGAAGACGGAGAACGAGAGGAAACUCGAGGAGGAGGUCUUGGACUUGAGGGCGAAGAUCCCGGCCUUGGAGGCCGAGAUCCAGACCAUCCCGGAGAUGAGGAAAGAUCUGGCGGAGUUCGAGGCCAAGAUCGAGAAGCUGGUGCACGACUACGAGGCCAAGCUGUCGGCGUUGGCGUCGGAGGUCAUCCGGCUGAAGAAAUACGGCGCCAGGAGGAAGGACCUUCAGACGCUCAGCGAUGGGAGCGACAACGUCCUUCUGAGGACUGAUGUGCCAACAUGCCCCGAGGUAGGUCUGGGAAUGGCAGCCGAGAGGGUGGGUGACCAGUGUUUAUAUUUCUCUUGGGCGACAGCCCUCAACUGGACAGAUGCACAUCGCCACUGUCAGUCUCUGGGAGGAGACCUCUCUGCUCCUGAGGACCUUUUGCCUUUGAAGACCUUUCUCCAUGCGGAAUUCGCUCGUGGCCCCUCAAUAUGGUUAGGGGCAUCCUACAAAUUAGACGACGAGGGAAACAUCACCCAUACCACGGCAGAGCGUAAAGCUCUAUCCACGCCCAGCAGCCCCUCUCAAGAAGCAGCCGAACCUGAAGGAGACCACGACGGGACCUUCUCCUUUCGCCUGAACAUAGAGGGGAGUAGUUUUGACCUUGCUAAAAACACCAUCGACGACGAAGAGAGUGACGGCGGUGGCAGUCAGGAUGACGAACCCAUCAGCACCGUCUUAUCUGAUGGCAUACCUCUUCGGGACGAGGCGAUCAUUAUACCAAAAGGGGACUUGAGUACCCUGUCCCAGAGGCUGGGAGGGCGGAGGAACCUCUUCGGGCAGCUGUCGCAGGAGGAGCUGAACGCCAGGAUCCAGAAGCUGUCAAAGCCGCCUGUCGUGGAUUUCAUUCUCCUGGAUUCAGCUCGUCCAUCAUCUCCUGGCGAUACUGAGAACCCCGAGGAAGAGAAGCAUACCUCCUCCUCCAGUGACCUCACUUCGGGAGGGAAUGCUUCUCUCGAUUCGAGACCUGGGAUUUCCUCUAUUCUUAACGGAGAGUCUCCGUUAGUGGGUUCACACGGGGGGUCCUCAUCAGGCGUUUUCAGAGACGUGAGACAGGUCUUGGACGAAGGUUCUGGCACCGGUGCCCCUGAAGCCAGGGAAGAUGAAGCCAAAGCCAACUCGAGGGUUAAGAUGAACUGUAUCCUACUACAGCAGAAAGAAUCCUUAGAAUACGAGUUAGUGAGUCAGCCUUGCAAUGAGCAACAUAGAUUCGUAUGCGGAAUCUUUUCUUCUAAAAAUAAUGAUAUGAAAUUUAAUCCAGAUAAUUUACUUCACGAGUGAUUAGAAGCCAUUAGCAGUAAUCAUAUAUCUUACUGCUGAAAAAAAAUACAAGUAAAUACUGUUGUGUGAAGUGAUACAGAAACACAAAUGAAAGUGUAUCGAAACUUUUCACACGAGUGAAAAUUUAAGGCAGAAAUUUUCGAUAUUUAAUUCCCCGGCUAUCUAAAAAUAUUAUAGUGUUUAUAUAUUUUUAUAACGACUAAGUUAUAUUCAUAUGAAAAACAAACAAUGACUUAAGCUAAGUGAUGGCUACUCUGAGUGAAACAACAAAAUUAAUUUUAAGGUGAUUUGCUUACAGUGCUUUACAUAGUAAACGAAAUACUUCUUUAGGAAUAUAUAUAUAUACUAUACCUUAGAGAUAUGAAUAUAGUCGUAUAGACGUUAAGUAAGUAAUUUUACUACACCAUGAAUAACGUCAUCUAGCUAGUUCUAAUUAUUAUUCAAUAUAAAAUGGAAGAGAGUAAAACUAUUAGUUAAAAAAAACGGGUAAAAAUAUCCAUCGAUAUAUAAUUCAGGAAACAACUAAAUUUAAUAAUCAAACUUUUAUUAUUAUUAUUAUUAUUAUUAUUAUUAUUAUUAUUAUUAUUAUUAUUAUUGCUGUUGUUGUUCUCAAAAUUUGAAGAAAUUACAUUAUCAGUGCAAACAACAAGCUAUAAGUUGUAUUUAGAAUAAUACUAGGCACUGCCAUAAAGAAUUUUAAAUACUGCAAAAUAUAUCACAGGUUUAAACACA